GGGCUCGCAAUGCGCGGCGCAGCAGUUUAACCGGGGACCGGCUCCUCCGCGCCAAGGCGGGAAUGUGCGCUUAAACACCGAGUGGCAAGGGCCGAAAAGCCUUUCGCGCCGAGGUAAGCGGUGUGCAAUCAGUCCAGGGGCCGACUGUCAAGCGGGCGUCAACCGGCCCCGCCCUCAGGGCGUGCGGGGAGCCCACCCCCUCCUGUGCGGAGUGGGACUUAAAGGGGCCGUCACCGUCACCGUCUUGGUCAAGAUGAAGAGCAGCUCGCAGUUCUACCUUACCUACACUUGUUCUCUCCUCCUUGGGCUGCUGUGUGUGACAUUCGUGAUCUACUGGAAUAAGCAAUACAGGGGAGGCUUUGCCUGGGAUGGAUCGGGGAAGAUGUUUAACUGGCACCCUGUAUGCAUGGUGACCGGACUUGUUGUUCUCUAUGGCAAUGCUGUCCUGGUGUAUCGGCUUCCCUUCACCCAGUCCAGCCACAAGCUGCUAGUGAAGCUGGCCCAUGCCACCCUGAAUCUCCUCGUCUUGUCGCUGGCUGUCACCGGGUUAGUUGCAGUGUUUGAAUUCCACAAUAAGAACCAGAUCCCGAACUUGUACUCGAUACACAGCUGGGUGGGACUCUCAGUGGUCAUCCUCUUCUGCUUCCAGUGGCUGCUGGGGUUCCUGUCAUUCCUGCUGCCUUGUACUCCACUCUGGUUCCGAGCCGCCUACUUAGACAUUCACGUCUUCUUCGGAAUCUGCAUUAUGGGACUGUCGCUUGUUGCGUGUCACUCAGGAAUCAAUGAGAAGUUAAUUUUUGUACUAAACACCCCUAACUCAACUGCUCCAUAUGCCCAGCUUCCCUCCGAGGCUGUGUUUGUCAAUGUUCUGGGUGUGCUUCUGCUGGGCUUUUCAGGGACUGUUACCUGGAUGCUCUACAAGCGUGAAUGGCGACGGAAAACCCCACAAGAAACUGAGACUUUGCAGGCUUUCUGUAACUCAGCCAGACCAAAAUGGAAAUAAUCCUAUGGGCAGUGGUGUGUUUAUGUCAUGCUCCACUUCUGGCAGAUGAAAAUUAAUCAAAGCUGAUUCAGGAAUAUCUGAUACCGUCCAGCUCCUGUCCAUGAAUCACGCACUGGCUUCUUGUACCCAGUGAACACAACUGCCCUUAUCAAUGGAAAGGAGUCAGCUUCUGGGUUGCUACAACAACAACUUGCACUUACAUAGCGCCCUCCACGCACUCUAUUUACCAAUGUUGACGGCCAGCUCUAAUCAGGAUUUGUGUGACUAACGUAAGGAGCUAAUUGUUUUGCUGUGAUAGUCCAAGAGGAUUGAAUAUAAUAAUUGUAUAAUAUCUUUCACAUCAUGCCCCAAUGCACUUCACAGGAUUUACUAUAAAGUGCAAUGACUGUGUGUUGCGGGUGAAUGGAUUCUUUGAUUUUAUGAUCGGCUACCAAAUAUGAUUAUGUACGCAGCCAGGCCAGUGACAUUGAUUUAUACCCUUUAGGUUUAUUCCAAUAAUAAGUAGUUGAACUGCUAAAUCCUCCUUCCUCUGUUUUAUAAUGAAGUUCUCUUAAAGAGAUUGUCUGCGGGUGGAUGGUGCCAGAAUUAGUCCAAUCUUUUCACCUCUCAGACCCCACUAUGAAUCUAGCCCACGUUGAUGUAAUGCACAUCUCCUGUCAAGGUCUUGAGGGGGAUAUUGAUUUUGAUGAUCAAUGUCAACCUUGUGUGUAAAUGAUGGACAAUGUCUUUCUCCAGCACUGGUCUUCCUCACACUCAAGCACUAAAUCCGUCCAGUAGUACAUCUUUCCCCCCUGAUCUACUACUGCUACUGCAACAACAAAUGGAUAGAAAUUAUGAUCUAGAUGUAUUUAAGAUGUAAUUGAAUCUAAUUGUUUUUCAAAUAUAUUUACUAUGUGAACUAGGAAAUAUUGUAAUUCUGAAUUUAUUCAAUGGAUGAACUGCACUUUGUCCUUUUAUAGUGGUUGGUUGCAAUAAAUCUGUACAAUCAAUGUCUGCUGCUGAGGGGAGGGGGUGUUAAAACCCUACAUUAAGCUGGUGUGUAAGUUUCUGGGGAUUUAUAGGGGUUUGCUUUUAGAAGCACAGAAAUCUAUGACACAGCAGAAGGCCAUUCUAUCCAUUGCGUAGUGUCUUUGUUUGCUCCUCCAAUGCUGGAGGACUCACCUUAAUUUCCUCUUUGCUCACCUGUCCACUUUUCCUCCAUAUGAGCUUAUCUAAUUUCCUUCUAAAUUCUUCCAAUUAACUCUGCUUCAGCCCCUGACUUUUUGUUCUGCAUCCUAGUACCCACUGGAAGAAAAGUUUUGCUAACUUUCAUGCUCAGUUAUAACCUUAACUCGUACUUACUGAUGGAUAUAUAGCAACUUGGCUUUUUGUGAGAUUGUAGCUCCUGGAGAGUGUUUGGCAAGAAUCGAGCUUGGAGACACCAGAGUAUGUGUUGGGAUUAUUGCUUAUUUUAACCAGCUAAUAAAAACGGAUGGCUUACAAUUGA